CAAAAUACUAGCAUUAGUUUUUGCUAAACCAAAAUCCCUUUUUUUUUUCAAAUAUUUUCUCCCUUUUGAGCCUUCUAUUUCUGCAGUAUUCCACCAUUGCCCUUUCCUUGGUUCCCAAAUUUCAAGACUGAUUCACACGAAAUUUCCCACAAACCCAUUUCUCCAGUCCCAACCUCCUUUGACCCGUUAUCACCUUCUCUGUCUGCUACCAUUCCACACAUUCUUAUUUUUCUCACAUAUUGUAAAGCCACCAUUUGGGCAAGACCCAUCAACUUUGCAUAUAAUAAAACCGUGUUUUUCUCAUUAUUUCUUACCCAAUUAAAAAUUACAAACCAUCUUGCAAUUUGAACCAGUCUUCCCCACUUUCACCAAAAUAUUAUUAUUAUUAAAGAAAAUUUCAAACCCUUCGUUCCAAAGCCUCUGCCAUUUAUAUAGCCAUAUACAAAUUUUCUCGAUACAUAUAUACACUUUCAUUCGGAUAAUUUUCUCUCAUCUUAUAAUUCUUUUCACUUCUUUUCCUCCAUACAUCACAACCUUAAAAUGAACGACUUGUUCUCCGGCUCCUUCACCCGCAACAGCGACCAAGCCUCGCCGGACCACCACCACCACGUGGUCGAGAUGGCGGCGGUGGAGGGCGGCGUGAACCUGGAGAAGUUCUUUGAGGAAGUUGAGCCGGUAAAAGCAGAGUUGAAAGAGCUAGAGCGUCUCCAUGAGAACUUACGUGGUUCCCACGAAAAAAGCAAGACCCUUCACAGUGCUAAUGCUGUGAAAGAGCUUCGCUCACGCAUGGACGCUGAUGUAGCACUGGCUUUAAAGAAAGCCAAGCUCAUCAAGGUCCGGCUCGAAGCUCUGGACCGGUCCAAUCAGACAAGCCGAAACCUGCCUGGUUCUGGACCGGGUUCUUCCUCCGACAGGACCAGGACAUCUGUGGUGAGCGGAUUGAGGAAGAAUCUGAAGGACUCCAUGGACAACUUCAAUAGCCUUAGGCAACAGAUAUCGACGGAGUACAGGGAAACCGUGCAGCGGAGAUAUUAUACUGUUACCGGAGAGAACCCUGAUGACAAAACCAUCGACCUUCUCAUUUCUACCGGUGAGAGUGAAACAUUUUUGCAGAAAGCGAUUCAGCAGCAAGGUAGAGCGAGUGUGAUGGAUACGAUCCAAGAGAUUCAAGAGAGGCACGAUACAGUGAAAGAGAUAGAGCGAAACCUGAAGGAGCUGCACCAGGUCUUCCUAGACAUGGCUGUGUUGGUGCAGUCCCAGGGAGAGCAAUUGGACGACAUCGAGAGCCAUGUAGCACGUGCCAACUCGUACGUGCGAGGUGGGGUCCAGCAGCUCCAAGUAGCAAGGAAGCACCAGAAAAACACGCGAAAGUGGACCUGCUAUGCCAUCAUUUUGCUCAUCAUUAUCACUUUGAUCAUAGUUCUCCCCAUAGUUCUAAGAAAUUAAUUGUUAUUAUUAUUCCUCCCUCUAGUGGUGGCUGCCAAGAACGUGGACCGGUUCAAUCAUCGUUGUUAUUAUCUUAUUAUAGUCAAGUCUCGUGUAAUGUUUUUGGUCAUGUUUUCUAAAUUUUCCACGUUGAAUUGGUACCUGUUUGAAGAUUGAGAUGUUUUGGUCGGGUUUCUAGAAGGCACGAAGAGGAACUCGCAGAAGCAGUUUUAUGGAGGUGGUAUAUUCUUUUGCAGAUAUCUAUGCAUGUAUAUAUUACCUUGUUAUCUGAAAAUUUAUUAGGUAGCUUUAUGAGUGAAGUACUAUAGUCAUUGUUUUGUUUGUUCAUUUGUACAAAGGAGUUGCACCAUUAUUCAUAGCAUGUUGCUUUUAGCAUAUUCCUUUCUCCUUUAUUGAACCAUUUGAUUGGUGAU